GUCCGAGAAACGGUGGAGGGCUAACAUGGCGGAAGAAGAGGUGGCAAAACUGGAAAAACACUUGAUGCUUCUCCGUCAGGAAUAUGUCAAAUUGCAGAAAAAACUGACGGAAACAGAGAGAAAAUAUACUCUCCUAGCUGCUCAGUCAAACAAAGAGAAUGCCAGUGACUCUUUCAUCAGUCGACUGCUUUCCAUUGUGGCAGAAUUGUAUGAGCAGGAGCAAUAUAGUGACCUGAAGAUCAAGGUGGGAGACAGGCACAUCAGUGCUCACAAAUUCGUACUGGCAGCUCGGAGUGAGGCUUGGAGUCUGGCCAACUUGGUGUCAACGGAUGAGCUAGAUCUGUCAGACGCUGAUCCCGAGGUGGCCAUGGCAAUGCUGCGCUGGAUUUACACAGAUGAGCUGGAGCUGCGAGAAGACGAUGUAUUUCUGACCGAGCUGAUGAAAGUAGCAAACAGGUUUCAGCUGCAGCUCCUCAGGGAAAGGUGUGAAAAAGGAGUCAUGUCACUUGUAAAUGUAAGGAACUGCAUCCGCUUCUAUCAGACAGCAGAAGAGCUAAAUGCCAGCACUUUAAUGAACUAUUGUGCUGAGAUAAUUGCUAAUCAUUGGGAUGAUUUGAGGAAAGAAGACUUCAGUAGCAUGAGUGCUCAGCUCUUGUAUAAAAUGAUCAAAUCUAAAACAGACUACCCUUUGCACAAAGCUAUUAAAGUGGAGAGAGAAGAUGUUGUUUUCCUAUAUCUUAUAGAAAUGGAUUCACAGUUGCCUGGAAAGUUAAAUGAACUGGAUCACAACGGAGACCUGGCUUUAGACUUAGCACUCUGUCGAAGGCUGGAAAGUAUUGCAACUACCUUGGUGAAUCACAAAGCAGAUGUGGAUUUGGUGGACAAGAAAGGCUGGAGUCUGUUGCACAAAGCAAUUCAAAGGGGAGAUAAAUUUGCUGCUAAUUUCCUGAUUAAAAAUGGUGCCCGGGUAAAUGCUGCAACACUGGGAGAUCAAGAGACUCCACUACACCUUGUGGCAUCCUAUAACCCCAAGAAGCACAAACCAGAUGUAAUGUCGGAGAUGGCCCAGAUUGCGGAGUCCCUCCUAAAGGCAGGAGCCAAUCCCAACAUGCAGGACAGUCAAGGAAGAACUCCAUUGCACUCAUCUAUUGUUGUGAGAAAUGACCAAGUAUUCAGUCAGCUGCUGCAGUGCAAACAACUUGAUCUGGAACUGAAGGACCAUGAAGGAAGUACCGCCCUAUGGCUUGCGAUUCAGUAUAUUACCAUGUCUUCCGACCCAUCUGUCAACCCCUUUGAGGACGUUCCAGUGGAGAAUGGCAAUUCCUUUGAUGAGAACAGCUUUGCCGCCAGGCUCAUCCAACGAGGGAGCAAUACUGAUGCUCCAGAUACAGUGACAGGAAGCUGCUUGCUACAGAGAGCUGCGGGGGCUGAAAAAGAAGCUGCGGCGCUCUUCCUAGCCACACAUGGGGCCACAGUUAAUCAUAGGAAUAAAUGGGGUGAAACGCCACUGCACACCGCCUGCCAGCACGGUCUAGCCAAUCUUGCAGCUGAGUUGCUGCAACAGGGAGCCAACCCAAAUAUCCAGACAGAGAAAGCAGCACCUGCCCAGAAGGGGGCUGUCAUGGCUGGCACUGCAGACAGUGUUAGUUUGCAAAUGCCUCUUCAUAUGGCAAUAGCCUAUAACCACCCAGAUGUGGUAUCUGUCAUCCUGGAGCAAAAAGCUAAUGCUCUUCAUGCCAGCAACAACUUGCAAAUCAUUCCAGAUUUCAGUCUCAAGGACUCUAGAGAUCAAACUGUGCUGGGAUUAGCAUUGUGGACAGGCAUGCACACAAUCGCAGCUCAGCUCCUGGGAUCUGGAGCCUCCAUCAAUGACACAAUGUCAGACGGGCAAACUCUGCUCCACAUGGCAAUACAGAGACAGGACAGCAAGAGUGCCCUGUUCCUCCUAGAGCAUCAAGCUGAUAUCAGUGUCAGGACUCAGGAUGGUGAGACAGCUCUCCAGCUAGCUAUCAAAAACCAGCUGCCAUUGGUAGUUGAUGCAAUCUGCACAAGAGGAGCAGACAUGUCUGUGCCGGAUGAGAAAGGGAACCCUCCCCUCUGGCUUGCUCUUGAAAAUAAUCUGGAAGAUAUUGCUUCAACGCUGGUAAGGCAUGGCUGUGAUGCAACUUGCUGGGGCCCAGGACCAAGUGGCUGUUUACAGACACUGCUGCACCGAGCCAUUGAUGAGAACAAUGAACAGAUUGCCUGCUUCUUGAUCCGCAGUGGCUGUGAUGUGAACAGCCCAAGGCAGCCAGGUGCCAAUGGAGAGGGUGAUGAGGAGGCUCAUGAUAGACAGACACCACUGCACUUGGCAGCUUGCUGGGGACUUGAAGAAACAGUCCAAUGCCUUCUGGAGUUUGGCGCCAAUGUAAAUGCACAGGAUGUGGAAGGGAAAACCCCAAUCCAUGUUGCCAUUAUCAAUCAGCACAACGUCAUUAUCCAGAUGAUGAUCUCGCAUUCUGCCAUCCAGCUCAACUUAAGGGACCGGCAGGGCGCCACCCCUUUUGCGUGUGCUAUGACGUAUAAAAACAACAAGGCAGCAGAAGCAAUCCUCAAGCGGGAGCCUGGAGCUGCUGAGCAGGUGGACAAUAAAGGUCGGAAUUUCCUCCAUCUGGCUGUUCAGAAUUCGGACAUUGAGAGUGUACUCUUCCUGAUCAGCGUCCAAGCAGAUGUGAAUUCCAGAGUCCAGGAUACCUCCAAGCUAACACCAUUGCAUCUUGCUGUGCAAGCUGGCUCUGAAAUUAUUGUGCGCAACCUGCUGCUUGCAGGUGCCAGGGUCAAUGAGCUGAACAAGCACCGCCAGACUGCCCUCCAUCUCGCAGCCCAGCAAGACUUGCCCACAAUCUGCUCAGUCCUUUUGGAGAAUGGCAUUGACUUUGCUGCCAUGGAUGAAAACAAAAACAACGCUCUCCACCUGGCAGUCAUGCAAGGGCGUCUGUCAAACAUUCGUGUCCUCCUGACAGAGUGUAAUAUAGAUGCAGAAGCCAUUAAUGCCAGAGGCCAGUCCCCGAUGCACAUCCUGGGGCAAUAUGGGAAAGAAAAUGCAGCCACCAUCUUUGAUUUCUUCCGGGAAUGUAUGCCAGACUAUCCACUUGACAAGCCAGAUGCUGAUGGAAACACAGUGCUCCUUUUGGCCUACACGAAGGGAAAUGCCAACCUGUGUCGGGCUAUAGUGAGAGCUGGAGCUCGUCUGGGCAUCAACAACAAUCAAGGGAUCAAUAUCUUCAACUAUCAAGUAGCAACUAAACAGCUUCUCUUCCGGCUUCUGGACAUGUUGUCCAAGGAACCUCCCUGGUGCGACGGCUCCAAUUGUUACGAAUGUGGUGCCAAGUUUGGGGUCACACUGAGAAAGCAUCACUGCCGGCACUGUGGGCGUCUGCUCUGCCAUAAGUGCUCAACCAAGGAGAUCCCCAUCAUCAAAUUCGAAUUGAACAAGCCUGCCCGCGUUUGCAACACCUGCUUUGACGUCUUGACUGUUGGGGGCGUUUCCUAGUCGGCUGUGAGGAGAGAAGUUACUCCCAGGGAGCACCUCCCCUUCCACCUUGUUACAGGCCUAUCACAAAUCAUGUCUCAUGGAGAAGGGGAAGCUCAUACUGUGUCUUCCUGUUAUAGUGGACUCUGACCAACUUAAGGGACCAUGCAAAUGCUAUAUUCCAGUAUAUAUGAUUUUUUUUUUUUUUUGGUAUGAAUGUUAACAAUGGAAAAUGAUAGAAACUGCAUUGGGAACGUACUGGGACGGCUGGAGAGAUUCUGUGUGAAAACCAUCAUUUGGGUGAGGCGCGCUGUUUCUAGUUCAGAGCAUUGUAAACCCAAGAUUUUUGUAUUUGCCAAUCAUGCAACAAAAAAGGCCUUCCUAGGCGAUAAAACCGUGACUUGGUUGCUCUAAAGUCCUAUCACACUUUUUUUUAAAGAAAAAAAGAUAUAUUGUUAGCACUUAAACUUCUGGGUAAGUAAGUGCAGGUCUGCCCCUUUUGUUACCUUCCUGGAGAGAACGUUCUGGUGUGUUCUCUUUAACUUUUUUACAAAGGGCAGCUGUGCCAGGCACAGUGACUGCUUUUUCCCAAGAGGUUGUCUGCAAGUAAGUUUUUGUUCAAUGCAUUGCUGAAAAUUUUGUGUGGCCUUAUAAUGGAAGCUUUACCACUUCUGUUGAAAAGGAGCUAGAUUAAAGCUCCUGGAUCUUCAGAACCUUACACACCCUUAUUUGCUCUCUUGUGUCAAAAUCAGGGAGUGACGAGGCCAACUUUGCUACUAAAUUCAAUCAAGUUUUCUUAAGAAAUAAUAAUAAUCUUGGCUGUCUUUCAGUAAUGUAUCAAAAACUUUGCAAAUAGUCUUAAUGUUUACAGUGAUGUUGGAGGAAGGUCUAACGCUGUGGGACUAACCCAGCACGCAGUGGUGGUGCUACUGUGGAGAAUCUGAAGACGGCUAGAUGCCAAGAUGCCAAGACAGG